CGACAUGGUGUCCCCCAAGGCAUACAUCGAGCCUCGAUCUUCUCCGCAAGUCCACACAGCCAUUCCGUCGAGAUAGGCAUCCAUAGCAUAGCUGGGCCCUGGCAUAGUACUCGGCUCCUGGAGGACUGCGCACCUUGGCCAUGGCGACGGACGUAAGCUUGCACCUGUUCGAGUCGCUGACUCGCGGCCGUAUCGCCGCCUACCUCGUUAUUCUCACCAUUGUCUCCUUCAUCGUCGACUUCAUACGAAGGCCACGGUACGCGCAAUCCCUGCCGCGAGUCGGAUUUGGCGAUAGCUUCCUGGGGACCAUCAAGAACUGGUUCUACUUUGCGACACGCUAUACCUCCUGGCUCGCCGACGGCCACGAGAAGUACGCCAAGCAUGGCCGCGCCUUUGUCGCCCCCUCGGCUCCCGGCCGCCCGCAAGAAAUCGUAGUCCCUCGGUCCCAGACGGCGUGGCUGCUGGAACAGCCGGAUCAUGCGCUCUCCACCAAAGAAGCCCAUCGAGACGCGCUCUUCAAUGACUACCAGUUCUUGGGCUGCGACGACCAAUUCCCCAUCCGGACCAUCCACAAGCACCUGGCGCGCAACAUCGUCGGCCUCAUCCCCGGCGUGCAGGAGGAGGUCCGCGGCGCAGUAGAGGCUACCUUCGGGAAGGACACAGAGAACUGGAAGUCGCUGAACCUCUGGGAGGCAUGGCUGGGGGUCGUGCCCAGGGUUACGAAUCGAAUGGUCGUUGGCACCCAGUUAUGCCGGAACCAGGAGUUCCUCGAUAGCCAGGUCGCAUUCGCCGACGACGUCGUGCAAAACGGGUUUAUCUUCCAGCUCUUCCCACGCAUCUUCCUACCGCUCGUCGCUCCCUUCUUCGUGCUCCGCAACUGGUGGCACUGGCGCAAAUCAUACCUCCACGCCAAGCCCAUCAUCGAAAAGCGCCUCCGCGACAUGAUGCACAGCAAGGGCUCCGACGCCGAGCCGCCAGAAGACCUGGUCACAUGGCUGAUUCGCCAGGCCCAAGCCGAAGGUCUCAGCUCGGAGCUCAACGCGGAGAUGCUCUCGAAACGCAUCCUCCCCAUCGAGUUCGCCGCCAUCCACACGACCGUCAUGACAGGCUUCAACCUACUACUCGACCUGCUCUCCUCCGACCAGGCCCUCGAUCACCUCGAAGCCAUUCGCGAGGAAACCGCCCGCAUCUUCGCCGAGGAAGCCAGGCGCAGCGCCGGCGGCGUCUGGACGAAACAGGCCCUCUCCCGCCUGCACCGCACCGACAGCGCCAUCAAGGAGAGCAUGCGCCUCAGCCACUUUGCCACCGCCCUCACCCACCGCAAGGUGGUCGCGCCCGACGGCGUGACCAACCCCGUCGAGGGCUGGCACGCGCCCUACGGCGCGUUCCUGAUGCUCGAUCUGGCGGGGACACACCGCGAUCCGGACCUGUACGAGGACCCGGACCGCUAUGAUCCCUGGCGCUUCUCGCGCGAGCGCGAGGCCUACGGAGAGGGGGCGAGGGGCGAGGGUGCUGGAGACGCCGGGAAGAAAAGGGAGUCAGACGUGCCAGAUGCGGCGUUGAGGAUCAAAAGGCUGGGCAUGGUCACCACCACCCCGGAGUUCUUGGCGUUUAGUCAUGGGCGUCAUGCAUGCCCUGGACGGUUCUUUGUCGCACACGAGCUGAAAAUAAUCCUGGCUUUUUUGGUGCAGAACUAUGAGUUCAAGCCGUUGCCGGAAAGGCCGAAGCCGAUUUGGUUUGGGGGCAAUAUCAUCCCGCCGGUGCAAGCCAGAAUUGAGGUCAGGAGACGGAAGGGAACAGCGUAGAGCAUGCAUGGAGCUGGCGUCCAGAUGGUGCGGUCUCUUCAGGUUUGCAUUAUAUACGGUAUAGACGGUGUGUGGUUGCCUGGUUGGCGAGGUGUGUGCCCAGAUCCGGUGCUCAUCUGCGGCGUGACAUAUAUAUAUCACUAGUCGGUAUUGGAUCUAAGCUAUAGGAUUUUGCCAGAGUAGCGGUCCAAUGCUGAUCGUGAUGUUGACUUCGUUCAUCACCUUUGACUCGUGGACUUGACAAAAGGGCGCUCGGGUAUGAAUAAGUUGCUACUAGAGUCAAUAUGAGAAACAACUUCAGAAGGAACAGCUGAUCGAUUUCUAGUCUGGAUAACUCGUAAGCUGCUAUGCUGAGUGUACUUCAGUCAGGUGCAGGUAUGUUAUCUGGCCUCGUGCUGGCGACGGGACGAC